AUGGCCACCAACGGCGCAUCAGGGGAGACGGAUCUCUAUGGCGACAAAGAUGCUACAAAGUCCGAGAUUAAGAAAGCAUACCACAAAGCAGCGCUACAGCAUCAUCCCGACAAGGUAGCGGAGGACCAAAGAGAGGAAGCGGAUGAGAAGUUCAAGACAGUGAGCCAGGCCUACGAAAUUCUCUUUGAUGAGGAGAAGAGGGAAAUGUACGACGUUCACGGCAUGGCUGCAUUUGAUGGAAGUCGACCUGGUAUGGGAGCAGGCGGAGUUGAUUUGGAUGAUAUUUUGGCGCAAAUGUUUGGUGGAGGUAUGGGUGGCAUGGGAGGUAUGCCGCCUGGAUUUGGGGGACCUGGAGGCCCACGAAAACCACGAAGGGGAGCGGACGAAGAGCAGCCAUACAAAAUCACCCUCGAAGACCUGUACAAGGGCAAGACAGUGAAGUUUACGAGCAAGAAAAACGUAAUUUGCAGCCAUUGCAAAGGUAGUGGAGGAAAGGAGAAGGCCAAGCCAGAAACCUGUGGCAGGUGUAAGGGUAGUGGUGUCACACUUGGCCUCAGAAGCGUUGGACCAGGACUUGUUACCCAAGAAAGAGUUACGUGCGACACUUGCUCAGGAGCUGGUACAAACUAUAGGGAGAAGGACAAGUGUAAGAAGUGCAAAGGAAAGCGUACCACCAAGGAACAAAAGUCAUUGGAAUUAUAUAUACCCAGAGGUGCUAGAGACGGAGAGCGAAUUGUUUUGGAGGGUGAGGCUGAUCAGGUACCUGAUCAAACGCCUGGUGACAUCGUCUUCAUUCUUGAUGAAGAAGAUCACGAAAUCUUCCAGCGAGCUGGCGAUGAUCUUUCUGCGGAGCUCAACAUCACUUUAGCUGAAGCUCUCACAGGAUUUUCAAGAGUGGUCUUGAAACAUUUAGACGGACGUGGUAUCUCGAUAAACCAUCCUCAAGGAAAGGUAUUGGAGCCCGGGCAAAUCUUGAAGAUAGAGGGCGAAGGUAUGCCUUUGAAGAGAAGCGACUCCAAGGGUGAUUUGUACCUGAUUGUAAAAAUCGAAUUUCCUCAGAAUGGUUGGACAGAGGAUGCUGCCACAUUCUCCACUCUGCAAUCAGUCUUGCCUAAACCUGAGCCGCCAAUCACGGCUGAGGAGAUUGAUGAGGUGGAAUACGAUUCAGAUGCCGACAUUGAAGAUUUCGGUGCAAAUUCUGGAGACCCUCGUGCUGGUGGCGAGUGGGAAGAUGAUGAUGAAGAUGAUGAAGGAGGUGCUCAAUGUGCUACCCAGUAA